GGUGAAGAAAAACAAGUCCCUGCUUUUGUCCAAACUGACGGCUGCAGCUGUAAAUGACAAAAAGAGAUGUAGGUGGAAAGAAAUCACAGCCAGAGUGAACAGUGUGCGUGCUGGCGUCCAACGUAGUGUUGACGAAGUUAAAAAGAAGUGGUACGAUCUUCAGUCCACGGCCAAGAAGAAACGUGCUUUGCAAGAGAGUUUGCUGGAGCAGCUGAAAGUAAACCAGAUGACUGAAAAUGGUGAUGAGUUUGACACUGGUGAAAUCGACUGUGAAAAAUCAGAAUCACCAAAUUUUUUCAAAUCACAUUCAAAAUUGUUGUCGAUCCUCGGCACAAAUGGAGGUCAGACUGAGGCUGAGAAAUCUGACAUGGCAACACAAGCGGACAGUGACGACAUUGUAGGUGUUGAGGAGCCAGCCGAUCAUGGGGCGAAUAUGAAUACGAAGCUGUCUAACGAGGAUGCUUCUAAUUCCAACGAUGGCGGCGACAAACCUCAAGUUGUGUCAAUUUCAACUGAUAAGAUCAGGGAUAACAUUAAGUCAGCUCCUAAUAUUCUGACAAGGAAUGACUGGCGGGUGUUAGAGAUUACUGAUGGGGACACUUGUGAGAUAGCAAAUUACGCUGCUAUUGACCAUAAUUAUGAAGUGAGACUCGACAAACCGUCAAAGAAUAAUGAGAAGGACAGUGUCUGUGUCCCUGAGGAACAAGUCAAUGGGUGGAAAAUUGAGUCUGUGGUGUCACAAGCUGACUCGUGCAGUCCCAAGAAAUCAAAACUUUCUCAAGAAGACAGUGCGGACACAGCAUCUACAGUUAGCCACAUCACAGCGGACAUCGGCCACCAGCGACUGAGAGUAGAACGAAAGCGACUCUCAGUGGAGCGACGGAGAUUAUGUGUGGAACAGGAAAAACUGAGGCUGCUUCGAAGGCUAGUCAAGCUGGAGGAGAAACGACUCGGGAAACGUGGACGAAAACAGACUUGCCAGAAGACAAGGGGGAAAAGGAAGCGGACAGGCCAUCGGAGUGAUCAUAAGAAUGAGAAGAGAACUAAACAUCGUAAGGAUAGUGAGGCCGGUAAGGACAGUACAGAACAAGGUAGGGAUUGGACAGAACAUAAUGAGGAUGGAAUGGAGCUGCAGGAUAGCAAUGAUCGGACCGAGUGUAGGGAUGAGAAGAAUAGGGGGAUGAUGGUACCGAGCAACGGAAGUGGAACAGAUCUAGAUGGUCAAGGUGAUGGGGACAGUGAUGGGCAGGAGGUGGACCAGGGCAGCGGGUGUGAGGAUGUUUCUGCUGGAAUGGACCAUGUGCAGCAGAGGGAAGUAUCAGAGGAGGAAGAGGAUGUUGGUGAAGGGAGGCAGGAAGGUGAAGAAGACGACCAGGAGCAGGAGAGUGUUAGUGAGGGAAUGGACCACGUUGAACAGAAGGACCAGUCAGACGAGGACAGUGGGGAGGGAAGUGUUCCAGGGAGCAGGGCGGGGAGCAUCAGCAGUAGUGUUCGGGGUAGUAUAGAGGGCAGGAGUGAGGAAUCUGAAGGACAGGGGGGGUCUGAGGAAGAAGAUGAUCAGGAAGAGAGUGGGGAGGAGAAGCACAUGGUUGUGGACAAGGAAAACGAGGAGAUGUCUUCUGCAGAGGAGGAGAAGGAAGAAGGGGAGUGCGACGAGAGCGGAGAAGACGAUGGAGAAAGACUGUCUAUAAAAUAUCUCCAGUGUGACUGAGAACAUGGUAUAUACUUGAUUCGCAUUUUAAGUGCAUUACUGUUUAACUUUUGGUAAUGCUGUGAUUGAAUGGAGUAUUUUAUGAAGAAUCUUCAAGCAUUGUAUGAGUUGGAUGAGCCAGUCAUUUGUAAAUAACAUGGGUUUCAUUCACAUAGAUGAAAUGUUUUCACUCUAUCUGUUUCAUGUAAUUUCAUGCCAUGGAUAUAUUUAUGAUGAUCAAUAAUGUGAAUAUUGUUUGUAACAUGGUGAAAUCAAAAAGUAGCUUUGUGUUUUGUCUGCUGUCUACUGUUGAAGCGCCUAGUGGUUAAAGUGUUGGCUCGUCACGCCGAAGACCCGGGUUCGAAUCCCCACAUGGGUAUAAUGUGUGAAGCCCAUUUCUGGUG